CUUUUUUCUUCUCCCACCCCCUGUUCUUACUCGUUUCCUACAGCUCUCACACACUCACACGGCGCAGUCAUUCAGAGGCACAGCAUGGUGGCUGCUCUCUCACACACACACAUUCCGAAGAGCAACAUGCCCAGAUUACCUCAUCACUGCCUGAUAGCUGUGUGCCUGGCAGGAUCUCUCCUACUGCUUCCACUCUGCUGCGUUGGCCAAGAUGCCUCGCCACAAUAUGACUAUGACUCCACUCCAUCACCAGAUUACGACUACAAUGCCACAUUUGACUACACUUUAUACAGCAAUGGCAGCACUGAAGACCUGGAGAAGUUGAUUGAAGGAAAAAGUAUAGAUGGUGAGGAGACCGAGACGGACAUAAGCCCAACAAAUGCAGAAUCUACUGUGUCCACUACCUUGACCAAAGCUCAGGCCUCUAGAACAGUGUAUCCCAGCUUACUGCUCACGGUGGUCCUGACUGCUCAUCAGAUACUACGGUUUCUAUAGUCCACACAGCACCCAUCACAGGACACUGUCAAACACAUACACAUGAGGAGCUCAAGAGAAGACAACAUGGACAGAGAGCCAGAGAUUUGGCAAAAGAGACAAGCAGGAAGACAGACGGACAGACAAACUCAUACAUGAAUGCACGCACACCCACAAACCUCUCACUUCAAAGAAGCAGCUAUAAGUAUCUCCUACCUGCACCUCCAAACAAGCACAGAGGAUUCACAUGGACUGGAUGAAUAGGAUGGGCUACCUGAAAGAAGAACGAAGCUCAAUCAAAUGAGAGAUUCCCCUUUGUUAGCUUACUCCCUAAGUGUGUCUUACAAGGAGAGAAAGGAGGCAGAAAAAAGCCUUGGUGAGUCAGGUCAGGGAAAAAACAAAGAUAUCAAAGCUUUAUGAAUGUAAAAAUAAUCAUCAAAUGAAAUGUUACAUAUGAAUUAUGUUUUGGUGCAAUUUCUAAGGACUUUUAUUACAAUAAAAUAAUUAGUGUUACUGUAAUUAGACAAGCAAAAUGAGAUACAAUGCUGAAAGGAGUGAAAGGACCUUUAAUGUGAAAAGUGUGUAUGUCAGCGUCUGUGUAUGUGUGUGUUUCACUGUCAUGUUCUUAUUUAAGACCACUGAUCACAGCAACAAGUCUUAAAAAUCCCAUCUGCUUCUCACAGGCCACCUCACAUUAUGAAAAACAAAACAAAAAAAACAAAGUACAAUAGAAAUCUUGCUAGUGUUUCAAAUGGAACAUUAUUUCUGUGAAUUUUAUUACCUUUCAUACCAGUUAACAGUUUUGCUUUACCCACAAUGUAAAAUGCACGUUCACCUAAAUAUAACGUUUUACAUAAAACCCCCUCAUGCCAGUUCUAGUGCUGAAGGAAUCACGUUCCUGUGCUUAGUAAACUUACUUCAAUGUUAUUAUUUUCUUCUUUAUGUGAGCAGACCUCAUGGCUGAAUCUCAACCUCCCUGUCAUUAAACCUAUGCAGUGCACUACAAAUGGCUCUCUGUUAGGUAAUGCACAGUUAUAGAAGCCACUAUUUCAUGACCUACAUGGUGCACUACAUAGUGUGUAAGGAGCUGUUUGAGAUUCAGCCUAUGAGUGUCAGAGCAGAAGCCAUAGCUCCAGCAGAAGUCCUGCCACUCUUUAGAUGCAUUUAGUAUGGCAGAGGUUCACUGUUCAAUGCAUGAUGUGCACGCAGGCACUUUCCUAAGCCAAUGCACUUCUUCUAGUCAACACCACUUUCUCAGUGUUCUGGGUGGAUAGCACUUUGCCGCACACGUUUAUGUUUGAAAUAUGAAAUGUUUUCAUAUUCUUUUUCUUUUUAAAGUUCUGAAAGGAUCCAGUUUGAGAUGAAUGGACAUGUUUUUGUGAACUAAUGAAGCAGUCUGUAUGUCUUGUUAAUGAUUUCUGAAUAAAUAUUUUUUAAUUACAUUCGUA